AUGGGACUGAAUACAACUCUAACAUGUAUACAUGACUCGCCAUCCCUUGUUGAUGACCAAACGGAAGAUGAUGCAUUAGGGGCAGUACAGUCCGGGAGCCAUCGAAGACUAGCCGCUGCGAUGCAUAGCCUCAAGGCUGUUGCUCCUGCCCGUUACAGAAUCUACAUGUCUACCGGUCAGAUUCAUUCAACAUUCGAAGGCUCAACUUGCCCGAAGUCCAUCCGCGCAUGCUGUAUUGAGGUCGGUUCACAGCCACAGAGAGUUUCGACAUAUGGAGAAACACGCUUGAGUAUGGCCACUCCUCAUCAAGCCAUUCUUGAAUCCCCAAAUGAUGGUGCUACACUCACACUUGUUCUCAGUCGAAAUUCGGGUAAGACUAACGGGAGAGGAUCCACGCGACAAACACCCCGUGCUGGAGGGACAUGUUUGAGGCCCUCAGAGCGGCCUGAGGACCAUCCAGAUCCGACAAUCAACUGGGCAUUAUCAUCAGCCCUGAAGCCAUACACAAUUUUGAGUCUUUCUGCAUCUGUCAUAGAGAGAACAGGGUUCGGCAACCCUGGCCUCGAUGUCGGGAGACGGAGAAGAACGAUUUUGUCCUGUCACCUACGUCAUGGUGACAUUAACGAGGCGCCAUUGAGAAACAAUGAUGGCUGCUUAUUUGAGAUUACUAACACCGGUGCUUUGAAAAACACAGUGUUUUCUGUCUCACAAGCUAUCCUUGCAGCGCACGUUGGGCGCAAAAGAGAAAUCUGUGGCCACUGGGGACAAUAUCACUUCUCCGCCUCACGUUCUGCCCUAUGGUUCCCUAGAGGAGGAGGUGGUGGUGCUGCGGCCGAGCCACCCCUUGCCGCCAACGCAGCAACCAUAGCAUCUUCAUCUUUGGUCUCUACUUUUGUGGAUGGCGAUGUGCCGUUGCCGACUUCAAGGCCACGGAGUCCUCUGGCCCUCAAACAGAGUAGGGAGACGAUGAUACAUCUCAGCGGGCCACCUUCUCAACCGGCAGUUUUUCGUAUUGGGAAGUUUUCUGUGUCCAUCGGCGUGGUCAGGAUACGGGGAAAUGGGACUCCUGGCACAGUUGUAAAACGGUCGGGUGUCAUUUCUUCUGAAGAUGGGAACGUCCCGUGCACGGAGCUCGAAAUUGAACUGGGUUUACCGGAAGACGCUCGGCUUGGGAAGGGUGUGACUGGGGAGUAA